AUGAAGAAAGCCAACCAUACAGAGGUAAAAGAGUGUUUUCAAGGUUUCUCCAACUUCCAAGAACAUCAGCUUACACUCUUUGUGGUGUUUCUCACCCUGUACAUCCUAACUCUGGCUGGCAAUGUCAUCAUUGUGACUAUUAUCCGUAUUGACCAUCACCUCCACACCCCCAUGUACUUCUGUCUAAGUGUCCUUUCCACGUCAGAGACUUUCUAUUCCCUGGUCAUUAUCCUAUGCAUGCUUUCCAUCCUAGUAGGAUUGAGCCAAUCUAUCUCCUUGGAGGGCUGUGGGACUCAGCUCUUUUUCUUCCUUGGCUUUGCUAUCAUCUACUGCCUCCUGCUAGGAGUAAUGGGGUAUGAUCGCUAUGUGGCCAUCUACAAUCCACUUCGUUACUCAAUCACCAUGAAUUGGAGGGUCUGUGCCAUGCUGGCAUCCUCAGUCUGUGCCACAAGGUUCUCACUCUCACUGGUUCGGGCUGUGGCCAUUUUCAGACUGCCCUUUUGCAAUACACUGAUUGAGCAUUUCUUCUGUGAUGUUCGACCUGUGUUGGACCUGGCCUGUGCUACCCCAAUCAUCAAUGAUAUCCUGACCUUAAUUAUCAGCCUCUUGGCCAUCACAGCCCCUGUCACCUUCCUCUUCAUAUCCUAUGUCCUCAUUAUUUGUACCAUUCUCAAGAUCACCUCAGCUGAAUGCCGGAAGAAGACCUUUGCCACCUGUGCCUCCCACCUCACUGUGGUCAUUGUCCACUACGGCUGUGCCUCCAUUGCCUAUUUCAAGUCCAAGUCAGAGAACACCAAAGAUCAGGAUCAGUUAAUCUUAGUGACCUACACGGUCAUAACACCUUUACUGAACCCUGUUGUGUAUAGUCUGAGAAACAAAGAAAUCCAGGAUGCUCUGCGGAGAGUGGUAGUUAGGAAAUCCCUUUCCUAA